ACUUCCAAGACAUUUGGCUAACACCGCCAACUUCGCUCAAGCAAUAGAGGCAGCAGUCGGUUAACGUUGGGUUUGAAAUAUGGCUGUGACGGUUGGAUAGUUGUGAAUGUCCGUGUUCAUGCAAAAUCACGUUCAACUAGUAAUUAUUUCAUAUUCUGUGUGAUUGUGGACGCCACCAAGAAGACAGGCUGGAUCGGAUUGUGGUGUAGAAAGAACGAGUGGCCAUGAUAGUCCAAGAGCCGGUGCAGGCAGCCAUAUGGCAUUGCCUGAAUCACUAUGCAUUCUCGGAUGCCAUCUUUCUCGCAGAGCGGCUUUAUGCAGAAGUGCACACGGAAGAAAGCCUGCAUCUUUUAGCUACAUGCCACUACCGGGCAGGGAACAAGGUCUCGGCAUACAUGCUGCUGCGGUCACGUGGCUGCCGCUCGCCCCAAAGUCGCUUCCUCCUGGCACGCUGCUGCAUCGACCUACGCAAGUUUGCCGAGGCAGAGUCGGCCCUCGAUGCUGACGUUGGCUUGGCAUCGCGCUGCUCAGCCAAGGGAGGCCUGGAUGAGACGGUCACAACAUUCGGGGAUUCCGCCUCCUUUGCCCUAGCUCUGCUAGGACAACUGUGUUCGAAAACAGAGCGUGUCAGCCGUGCAACAGAAGCCUUCAAGAAAAGCCUGAAGCUCAACCCAUUCCUCUGGUCCUCAUAUGAGUCUCUCAUAAACCUAGGAGAAUCGCCAAAUCCUACAGAUAUAUUUAAUGUCUCAUCUCUUGAAAACUUCAGUUUAUGUCAAGGAAGCAAUCCUCUUGUCAACUUUGUUAAUAAAACCAACAUUGACAGCAUUACGGACGAUAUAAAGGUGUUGGGUGGCCAAGGUGGAGGUCCUGGCGGACAAGUUGCGGGCAAGGUGUCUGUGCUGCCGCUGUCAGCAGGUUCAACGCCACCAUCACAGGCACCACUGCUGGUCAUGCGGUCAACAGUGACGACAAGUACGCCCCAGCAGUCCUGCCCAGACACUACCCCUCUUGGCAUUAUGACCAGCACCCCGGAGCUGCUGGCUCCAGAGAGCAUCACUAGCCUCUGCCUGGGCAGCAAAAGUAGCAAGCAGAUGCAACCACUUUCGGCUGUCAAGGGGGCACGCAGCAUUUUUGCGGGAGGACCUGGGGCCCUGAGUCCACUGUCAGCAUCGUUUGGUGUGCUACCUUUGUCAAACUCCACGCCUGGCACCGUGCCCCCAACAGCCAUUAGUGGCAUGCUCGCCUAUGUCACACCCACUUCACAGGGCAUUUUGGACACCAUCUCCAAGGAAGCCUGCCCUCCAGUCAAAAAGAACCUUGCAAGGAAGCCUCAGGGACUGAACACGCCAAAGAUACAAAUAUUCAGCCAGUCGAGUAACAACAACUUGCUGCAGACGCCGCCUGUUCCAACCAGCUUUCCACCCAGUGGCCUGAGCAGCGUGCGGCGCAGCUCGCGCCUCUUCAGCAGCUCCAACUCGGUCAAGGAGAACAACAAGGGCAGCUCGUCGCCCAAGACCAUCCGGGGCCUGGCCGCCCGGCUACCCUCGUCCAAAAAGAGCAAGCCCUCCCGGGGGGCUUUGCGCACCAACACGGCCACCUCUGGCUCAAACAACGCGGGUGGCAUCACCGAAGGGGAGCUAAACGAGAUGAACAAGCCUGAGCCACUGCCUGUGUCCCUGGCCCAGACUGCACUCUGCAUGCAGAGGGCCUCAGCAGAGGGCCUGAUGCAGCUGCUGCAAGACCUGGGCAAGGCACGGCUCUAUCUGGGCCAGUACAGGUGUCGGCAAGCCAUCGAAACGCUGGAGGCCCUGCAGCCCCACCAGUAUUCCACGGGUUGGGUGCUCGCUGCCCUGGGCAGGGCACAUUUUGAGCUGGGGGAGUACGACAAGGCUGCUCGUGCCUUUGAGACUCUCAGGUCUAUUGAGCCACACCGGCUACAGGGCCUGGAGUAUUAUAGCACAGCCUUGUGGCACCUGCAGAGGGAAGUGAGCCUUUCUGCUCUUGCUCAAGACAUGAUGGAUCUGGACAAGACAGCGCCAGAGACUUGCUGUGCGGCCGGCAACUGCUUCAGUCUGCAGAGAGAGCACGAGACAGCAGUGCGCUUCCUGCAGAGAGCAGUUCAGGCAGACCCGGACUUUGUCUAUGCAUACACGCUACUCGGGCAUGAGUUAACAGCCAUGGAAGAAAUGGAGCAGGCCCUGUCAGCCUUCCGCAGUGCCAUGUUGGUCAACCCUCGCCACUACAAUGCCUGGUAUGGAGCAGGUAUGAUCUACUACAAGCAGGAACAGUUUCAUUUGGCAGAGCUGCACUUCAAGCGAGCACUCCAGAUCAACCCGCAGAGCUCUGUGCUCCUUUGCCACGUUGCAGUGGUGCAGCAUUCCUUGAAGAGGACAGAAGAGUCCAUUCUAACUCUAAACAGGGCCAUUUCGAUGGAACCCAGGAAUCCGCUCUGCAAGUUUCAGCGAGCUACCAUUUUUUUCUCGGUGGAUCGCUACCAGGAGGCGCUCAAGGAGUUGGAUGAGCUGAAGCAGCUUGUUCCCAAGGAGUCGCUGGUUUACUUCCUUAGUGGAAAGGUUCACAAGAAGUUGGGCAACACCCAUCUAGCCCUGAUGAACUUCUCGUGGGCAAUGGACUUAGACCCCAAGGGUGCCAACAACCAGAUAAAGGAGUCCAUUGACAAGCGCUUCAGCCAUGAUGAAGAGGACAUUGCUGCUGUCCAGCAACUAUCGGUUGACGACUCUGGGAGCAUCGAGUCGAAUCCCAUAGACCCGGAAUCCUCGCAUGGGAGCUCCGUGGCAGACUUGAACGACAUGCAGCUUCAGUCAAUGGAAAGUGAUGAAGGAUUCUAGUGCCAUACAUGCCAGCACUGGGCAUGAGAAACUGCGCUGCGCGUUGCUUCUUGGUAGUGUCUGUGAAAGACUUUUGAGGGUGAACAUUUGAAGGAAAGAGAUGAGACUAGGCUGUUUUACUGAGAAACUGUACCGUUGCGUUGUAAUUCACAUCGUUUUGCCAAGGGCCUCAUCCUGUGAAUUCAGUUGAUGUGAGUUCCUUAAGGAGUGUUUUCUCCCAUGGGCAUGACUUUGUUUUAAUUAAGUUGUUUUGGUUGGUUGCAUCCUUUUCCGUGUGCGUGUACGUGUGUGUGUGUGUUUGUGUGCAAUGUUGCCCCACUCUGCUAUGGCAUAUUGAAAAAGCCAGGUGUAAUAUUUGCUCACACCCGCCCAUAGUUCAGUGCUCAUCUCGCAGGCAAUGUCAUGACGUGGAGUUAUGGCAACACACCAUUGUGGAAUUCUCCUUAUGCAUUUUUCUUUUCUCACGAGAAAGCAAAACAACAAAAUAAUGUGUUAAACUAAGAGGGAAGAGAUUAGUAUUGGGAACAUACUUGUAAGCUUUGUAAUGAAAGUCAUUGUAUCUUUAGCUGGACACAUUCAUAUAAGACGCAAAAUUUGAUAUUUGGUAUGUAAGCAAAGUUAGACCUCAAUUUGUCUUUUGGAAGCUUCAAUCUGCAAGAUAUCCAAUCUGCCUUUUUCAUAAAAAAAAGAACUCUGAUGCGACAUAGCCCACAUACCCAGCAGUCUUAUACGAUCACUUGUUUUGCUCAUGAUCUCGUAUAAUAACGAGAUUUUUGGAUACAAGGGUUAUGGUACAUGUAGUUUUCUUUGGAUGUGAUAGUUGCAUUCCUGUGUAAGUUGCCUUGUGUUGCAAAACUGAAGCAUACACUAAGCCCUGUACACUUUGCAUAUACAGUGUGAGGGUUUGCAUUCUCCUGGAAACAUUUUUUUCACAAGCGAUUGCAAUAGAUGAAGGUGGUAACAAUUCCCAACUGUCUAGUGCCCUCUGCUUUUGUGUGGCAGAACCGUGUGUAUACAUUGGCAACAAAACACUGUUGUGCUAUGGGCUGUCUGGUUUGUUGUUUUUCAUUCUUCUACUGACUUGCAUGGACGGUACCCUAAUUUUUUUAGACCUUUGCAUUUCAGUUUUAUUGGACCAUGCCAACAGAUUUGGCACCUGAUUAGGUGUAAUUCUUGGUACGUCUGUUGCAGGAAAGCACAGUGACCUUAGAUUUCUAAUUAAAUUUCUGCAUUGGCCUCUCUCUAAUGACAGUGUUUCCAGCAUUUCUGGAGCUUCCUUUGCUUUUAAUAAUUGGUUUGUCUUUGUAAUGUUGUAUAUCUUAAGGAGCACUUAUGUAUAGUAAGUGCUUCUUGUUUUCAAGCAGUGCCUUUUAAGCAGAGGCUGGCAGUUCUCAAUAAAUUUGGGAUGGUUAUGCCCCAGAAAGUUAAUUUUUUCCUAUGCACUUUAUGUGGACAAGCUUGUGGUAUAACGCAGACCAUCAUACACUGCAGCAAGCACCUGUGUUGCCAUGGCAUGCUUGGCUAAGACCUGACACAUUUGGUGCUGCAUUUUGUUUUUAGAAAUGUUAGCAGAGCACAUAGAAGGUGUGUACCACCAGGUACAAACACUGGAUGAUGCGACACUCUAGUUUGAGCAAAGCCAGGCUCCAGCCCAGGAUUUAGCAUUGCACUGACGAUGUGACUUCGCAGCAUGCAUCUUCACUACACACUUUUUUCUCUCUCCUUUUUUUUUUUUUCAUUUUCAGACUCGCUGCCAACACUGUUUGGGUGGUCGAGUAGUUAGAGUUGCAAAUAGUCCGAGGUACUUGAUCCCAUUCUGGAACCCUCAGGUUGUUAUCCUAUAUUAAUCCAAAUUUAAGUGCACCCUUCCCCCCAAGUCUUGUAUCCUAGAUAGGGAGGUGUGCUCAGAAUCUUAAGUGGCAGGUGUUCAGGAAGAGUGAAGUAAAUGUUUUUAAAUGAAAUCCUAAAUAUAUAAGGGGGUGCCUAACUUUGGUUUAAUGAAGUACCUCUUAUGCUUCAUUCCUUUACGGACACAUUGUAGUUCUUGACUUGAACAAAGGAAGCCCAGUUAUAUUAGCAUAUCAUGGCAGGCAUUUGCAGCGUUUUGAAGAUGCUGAUAUUGCAUCUUGCUUUCUCUCUGAUAUGGCUAGUAUUGCACUUGAAGCAUAUAUAAGUGUACAAGAAGGCUGGGCACAAACAACAGUGUAGGAACAAGUUAUGCACACGCUCCCAAGUCUGGCUUAUAUAGUUAAUCUUGAUUAGUAAUGCCCUGCUAGAUUUGGGCUAUUCACACAAUGGACCAAAAUCUGCAGACGAACACUGUGUGGCUCAAUGCCACCCAAACACGGGACCUACGAGGACAAAGCAGAUAAGCUUCUGGCGGUGCAAUUUGCUGCAGCUCAGCCACGUCAUGCUCAACGGUGGAGUUUGGUCUGUCGUGUGUACACCCCGUUAGGGAGUUGAAACAGGGUUAGACACAGGGGUGAAAACUGGAUGACAUGCUUUGUCCAGAUCAGAUCAUUAUAGUUAAGCCCAUGUAUCACAUCGCACUUGCAAGCAAAAAUGCGGUGCAUUUGCCACUUAUAUGUAAUGUGUGCGAGGUUGUUUGCAGCUAAAGACUUCUAUGCAUUUGAAGUUAGGCAGAACACCAUUUCAUAAUUGAAAUGAAAAUGUACUACUGUUGUCCAUAAGGAAAACAAACAUUUCCAGAAGCGCUGGAAACAUUUCCUCAAAGAAAAAAAAAAAAACCAUGGACAUUUCUGUUGCUCUUGUUCUUUGCUGUGCUACCGUGAGAAUUUCACUGCAAGAAAGAGUCGGCGAGGAUGUAGCUUGUAUCCACGUUUGGCUACAUGGACUCUGCCUUGUCACAAUGUCACCUAGCUCAAUUUAGAAGUGAAGGGUCUGUAUUAGCUACUUGUAGUUCAACAACGUUCAAUAUUUGUUGUACUACUCAACCUGCUUAUGCUUACGCUGCCUUUUUAUGGGAUGCCUCCUCAGCACACCAUAAAGAAUAUUGCUAUCUAUUUGUAGCUGCUUCUUCUGAUGUCAAUCUGGCAUGCCACGCAGUCUUGCAUGUAGAGAGCGGUUCAUUGUUGAGAACGCAUGAGCACGGGUCAAAUACAACUCUUCAUGUUUUGGAAGUGCCCAGCUGCACAUUUGCAAAGCAUACCCUGUACAAGCACUGCCUGUGUAGAUGUCUUCAACAGCUGUUAUCUUAGCCUAGAUCAUCUUGGGGCCUUAUUUAAAUGGUACCGUACAUUCUCUACAAGACAUAUUACUAUUAUUAUUAAGUGUAAUAAUAAACUAAAUCAGGUGCUCAAACAACCAGCCUAGCUGUUUCAAGUGUGUUGGCUUACAGUGAGCCAACAAACUAAAUAUUUUGGUGCUGGUGGUGUUCAUGGAAAUAGGUGCCUUUGUCAUGUAACGAAUCAUGUGGCUAAAUAGGUUGAAUGUACAAAAUAAAUGUCCAGUUUGUUUGUUUGUGGUGGACCCAACAUUCAGGACGCCACAAACAGCUUACAACAUUUCAGCACCAAAUACUUCGAUGCAUAACUUUUGACUGCUAACAAAAUGAUAGAAUAGCUGUUGAAAUUAUCUGCCUAGCAGUGGUUGUAUAAGGUGCGGUUUGUCAGUACGCCACUUUGCAUUACUGCAGACAAUGUGCACUAGGAGGCAUUGGCUUCAGUCUAAGCACCUGCAUGCCAUUUCAACACUGCUUCUGCUGCCUGCUAUGGCUGGUGCUCUGCCUAUGUUUGGACUAGGCGUUUAUGUGUUUAUUUUAAUUGUGAACUACUUUCUAUCUUGUAACGCCUUUUUACUGCUUAACUGUAAUUCAAGGAAAGCACGGUUCAUUUGGCACAAACUUGAAGAAAGAAAAUUAAAAGAAUGUGGCCUAAGGAAAGCCCUUCUUUUGUGCAUUUAUAGUGAUAUUGCGAGGCUGAUGCCUGUUGUUCGUUACUGUACUGCCAGUAGAACCUCUGAUUGCAGUUAGUGUUGCAUUACGAAAGUGGUACACAUCCAUGUGAAAAGUGAGCUUGCAUUUUCCUUUUUCUAAAUUUUGAAAUCUUUCUAAAUUUUUGAACUGGAAACCGCAUCGUGUGAAGCCAGAUAAGCUGCCUGCAGUUUUUACGAUGUUCUCAUGAAUGGGCGGGAAGGUGUUUUGGAAGUCAGUUUUUUUGAGGAGAUGGAAGUCAUUUUAGAGUGGCAGAUAGAUAGCAGUGACUGUAUAGCGCGUGUUCGUGUGGUGAAAACAGUGGCCAUUUCUUUGGCCAAGAUGCAAUGCGCGUGUCAAAAUUUACAUAAGAUAUAUUGUAUAGCUCGUGUACAUAUAUUUUUGCAGGUCAUCACUUUGAUUUUGUUUCUUCUCAUUAAUUGUUGCUUGAAAAACAUUCAGAGUGCACAUUUCGUUGGCAACCUAAGUUCUUUUCCCCCUUGCGUGUUGCCUGUAGCAUAAUUGUCACUUGAAUUGAUGUUUUUACAAUGAUUCCUUCAGACUUGCCUCCUUAAUUUUUUUUUCUGCAUAUUGCUUUACUUUAUUUAGGAAAUGAAGUCAGUUUUUCUAUGUUUGCUAGGAUGCAUAUAUUUUUAUCUGUAUAUAAGCUUAAUAAAACAAUGUAGUAAAACCAAA